AUGCUUGCGUCAGAUUAUUCGGAAAAGCUCGAGAAUGUUCCGACCAAGCCGAAUCAAGGGGUCACCAAAGUGGACACCAGUAAGGAAAUUGAUAUGUUUUCAGCCAGUUUCGAUAUGUUCGCACAAGCUCCUAUUCCAGCCCAGCCUGCCGCCAUUGCAGUGACUACGGCCGCCCCGGCGAAUCCUAACCUGCUUGAUAAUUGGGAUGAUCCCGAAGGUUAUUACAGUGUUCGAAUCGGUGAACGACUGGAUGACCGAUACAAUACCCUCGCUACAUUGGGCCGCGGUGUGUUUAGUUCGGUGGUGAAAGCGCGAGAUACAGUCACCGGCGAAGAUGUGGCUAUCAAAAUAAUUCGAAGCAAUGAAACAAUGUACAAAGCUGGUUUGAAAGAACUGGGUCUUUUACGUAAAUUGAUGGAAGCUGAUCCUGAUAACAAAAAGCAUGUUAUUCGAUUACAACGGCAUUUCGAGCAUCGCAACCAUCUUUGCCUGGUAUUCGAGAGUUUGAGCAUGAACCUUCGAGACGUGGUCAAGAAAUAUGGCAAGGAUGUGGGUAUCAGUAUAAAGGCGGUGCGAAUCUAUGCGCAGCAGCUAUUCCUUAGCUUGUCCCUGUUGAAGAAGUGUAAUAUUUUACAUGCUGACAUCAAGCCGGAUAAUAUCCUCGUGUCGGAUAGCAAAAAUGUGCUCAAGCUAUGCGAUUUGGGGUCGGCCUCGGAUGCCAGUGAGAACGAGAUUACACCGUACUUGGUCUCGCGAUUCUAUCGUGCGCCUGAAAUCAUCCUCGGAUUGUCAUAUGAUUUCGCCAUUGAUGUAUGGUCAGCGGCAUGCACACUGUACGAAUUAUUUACGGGGAAAAUCCUGUUCCCUGGACGAAGCAACAAUCAGAUGCUGAAGCAUAUGAUGGAAUUGAAAGGUCGCUUUCCCAACAAGUUGCUGCGAAAAGCCCAAUUCACCGCGCAGCACUUUGAUGAGGACUAUAAUUUCAUGUCAGUGGAACUGGAUCGCUUAACCAAGAAGGAAUUCGUGAAAAAGACGACGUUUGUGAAACCCACGCGUGAUAUGAAAUCGCGGAUUAUGGGUGCGUCUCCCAGUGGCGUCACAGAGGAAGAAGGCCGGCUUGUUCUUGCUUUUAUUGAUUUCCUUGACAAGUGCUUGGUCCUGAGCCCCGAUAAGCGAAUGACCCCGCACGAAGCAUUAGCACAUCCUUUCAUCACUGGAAAAGUAUAA